UACAGGGACAGCAAACCAGGCUGCAUCUGCUCAGCCCCAGUCACAAGCUCCCUGCUUCCUCAGUGUGUGUGUGCGCGCGCGCGCGCGCGUGUGUGUGUGUGUGUGUGUGCGCGCUAGACACAGGCAUCCGCUCCCAGCAUCUCGCUGUCUCCUGCAUCCUCCGGCAGCAAGUGCAGGGCUCUGGCUCCCCGGGUACCAGCCUCACCGCUCCAUCCCCCAGCGGGGAUUUGCACGCAGGGCGUGGGAUGCGGUGAGCAUCCCGGGUGGAGAGGGUGUCGUGGCCACAGGCACCAGCGAUGGACAUCGUGUGGACUGCUCUCUAGAGCUCAAGCUCCCCAGACGGAUCCUGACCCUGAGCCAUGGGGGUGUUGAUGUCCAGGAGGCAGACGGUGGAGAAGGUGCAGAAGGUCAGCUUGGCAGUGUCAGCCUUUAAGGACGGGCUGCGGGAGCAGCCGUCAACUCGGCGGCGGGCAGAGGCGGGGGGCACACGCCGAGGGACGCUGGAACAGUCGGUGCAGGAGGGAGAGGAGGAGGCGUCGGCAGGACCUUCCCAGCCGGAGGAGAGCAGCGCCAGCAAGGCGGCCUGGGAACGGCUGCGGGAUGGCCGGGGCGUAGAGCCGGAGGAGUUUGAUCGAACCAACAGGUUCACACCACCCGCCUUCAUCCGGCCCAAGCGAGAGCUGCAUGAUGAUGAGCCCCCAGACAUCAGCCUGGAGCAGCGGGAGCAGAUCCUCAACGAUGAGAUGUGCGAGAUCUGUGAGGUGUGGACAGCCGAGAGCCUCUUCCCCUGCCGCAUCUGCAGCCGGGUGUACCACGAUGGCUGCCUGCGCCGCAUGGGCUACCUGCAGAACGACAGCUCCGUGGAGGUGACGGAGACGGCGCACACCAAGACAGGCUGGAGCUGCUACUACUGCGACAACCUCAAUCUCCUGCUGACCGAGGAGGAGAUGUACAGCCUGAUGGAGACCCUGAGGCACUGCAAGAUCAUUCCAGAGACCUGCCUCACCCUGGACGAUUUCCUGCACUACAAGCACUUGGUGCACAAGCAGCAGUUCGAACGGCCCAUGGCUGAGGCACAGGAGGAGCGGGCAGCCCUGCAGUUUUCUGCCCUGGACCCCGACAAGAAGGGGCACAUUGAGUGGCACGACUUCCUCUCCCAUGAGUCAAUCCAGCUGCUGCAGAAACUACGGCCACAGAAUGCCCUGCUGCGUCUGCUGACAGCCAAGGAGCGGGAGCGGGCACGGGCGGCCUUCCUGGCCCUGGACCAGGACAGUGAUGGCUUCAUUGGGGAGGGCGAGUGCCGCCGAGCCCAGCACACCUGGUUCCGCAAGCACCAAAAGGAGACACCGUCCUGCAACGUCAGCAUCAGCCAUGUAGGGCCCAUGUCGGAGAGCAGCCCCGCCAGCAGUGUCAGCAGCAAGAGCCAGGAGAAGACCCUGCCAGCCACGGAGCAGGAGGAGGCCAGGCCCAUCGACUGGCCCGGCUUCCUGCGGGAGAACGUCGCCUACAUCCUGGCUGCCCGCCCCAACAGUGCCGCCCUCCACCUGCAGCCCCCGGCCUAACCCCCAGCGACGCCAUCUUGGGUGGCGAGGCCUCUCCUGCCACGGAGACCUGCCCCGCCCUCCCCUGUAGGCGGAGCCGGCCACCGAUUGGCUGACAGGGAAGCAGCCACGCUACCCUCUCCCCCUGCCUCUGCUUCGGAUUGGCUGUGAAGAGGCUGGGUGCCGGGCUCUGAUUGGCUGAGGGAGAGGGUGUGGCUUUGGUGCCUCUGAUUGGUGGGGGGGAAGUGGGGAGGGGCAGGGAUGGCCCCACUGCUCCUCACCCCGCGGGGCCCACUGUGGGGAGGGGACACCGUGGGGCUCAGGGGUGCCCCCACAGACCCCGCUGUAGGGCGGGUUCAGUGCCUGGGGACACCGUGGGGCACAGGGGGUGUCCCCCACAAACCCUGCUGCAAGGAGGCGUCCAGUGCCCAGGGACGGGGGCACAGGGGGCAGGGAACCUGUUGCCCCCAUGAUCCCCAGCACCUGCCAGCACUCAGAGCCACCAGGGACCUGUCCCCAGGGACCUGCAGACAGAGCAGGGUCUGUCCCCAAAGGAGAAGAGGUCCUUGCUCUGGUCCUGGAGCCAGGUCUGGGUGGUUACGGGGUGAGAAUGGAGCCCAGAGCAGCCGUGCAUCCCCAGCCUCCUGCAACGCCAUGGGGCAGCACGGCUGAGCCUCUGCACACUGCUGUCAGCAGCACCCGGGGGGUCUACAGCAGGCUCCAGCUCAGCUCAUCGUCCUGGUGAAUCCUCCAGGGGAGGAUGUGGCUGACCCCUGCUUGGCCUUGUUCACAUCCCUGCCUGGCUCCAAUAGGGGCUGGAGCCCAGCAGGUCCAUCCUUGCACCCACAGCUCAUGGUCAUGCCUGGAAGAGUGUUUCCCAGCACGGCUUAACCCUGCCUUGCUGGGGAUCAACCAGCAGUGGUGUGGCAAGGAGCACCGGGAACAGAAAGCACCAGAGGGGGCAGGAGGGCAAGGUUGGAUGCACAGGAGUGCUCCCCUGCACCUCGCAAUCCUUCCUGUCCCCUAGUCCCAUGGGAUGCUCUCCCCCCGCUCAGCAUUCCAGUCCCACACCAGCCCCGUUCAUUCCCGCUCCCUCCCCAGCAUGGCAAGGGGGCAUCCCCACCUCACAGAGGGCGUUAGUGCUCAGAGUGAGGGGGAGGAGGCAGAGCCCAGAGAUCGAUCCCCAGGGUGUCAGCUGCAGGGAAGAGGCACUACACUGGGUGAGGUUGCUGCCCAGCAGCCCUAAGGUGGAUGGAUGAGCUCAGCCCUCAGGUGAAGGAGCAGGGACCCCUGGAAACCUUGCCCCAUGCCCACCAAGGGUGAGAAUGCCCAGGUCCCACGGCAGUGCCAGCAGCUGCCCUCUGCCCUCCCCAACCCCUUCCCCAUGGUGCCCUCAGCCUCUCCCUGCCCAGGGUGCCCUGGCUCAGCCGGGGUGCCCCGGGGUAUGCACAGACCAGGGCUACACCUGCAGCAGCCUGGUCACUCCCUCACCUCCACCCUCCCUGUGAUGUGAUGGGGGCACCGUCCCACUCAGCCCCCCUUCCUCAGACAGAGCACAAGUCCCCUCUGCUGGGACUCUCCCCGCUGCAAGACCGAAAGGCACCUGGUGCCAUGACAUCUUCCUCUACCACCCUGGCAUGCCAGGCCAAUGGGGAUAUUUCGGAUGCCAAGUCCGAGACUGGGCCAGAGCCAUGGCCAUGGGGAGGAGGCGGCCGUGCGUGCGUGGAUCGCAACACCCGCUCUGUACUGAGAAGCAUCCAUUAAACAGCUGUGUCCAACUA